AUGUCUUCUCCGUACAUGGUGUCGUUACCAAUGAGCUUGGAGAACAAGUUUAGGACCACAAGUCUUAUAAGAAAGAGAGAAAAACCUAGAGGGGAAAGUAGAGAUCUUUGUUCGCCGGUGAGGGUGAGAGGAAAAGAUGUAAUCCGAGAUGAGAAGUACAGAAGUGAUUCGGAGAGACUUGUAGGUUCUGAAAAUUGCAGGUUGCAAGUUCUGGUUCAAAGUAGGAGCCGCAAGAAAGAAUGCAAAGAUGUCUCAAGAGAAUUGGACAAGGAAUUUGUGUCGAAAGUUGUGAGGCGUGUUCUGUUCAAGGCUGAAGUGGUUAAACAGAUGGAUAGUAAUACGAUAACAACAAGAACAAGAUACACGAAGCAAAUGGGAGACGUAGCUCCUACAACGAAGGAAAGUGGGAAAUGGGAGAUUGGUUCCUUAACAAUCGGAAGUCCACUUCUCCUUAUUCAAACUGCAGAAAAUGAUUAA